GGUUGCGUGCUUAUAAAUGAGAGCAGGCAUCGUGCCGGACAUCAGUAUCAUUCUGGCGUGAUUUCAAAGCCAAGUAGACACAUCAAACAUCACACGUGACCACACGGAAAACCGUAUAAGAAUUGAUCUCUUGAUGACAAGGGCAAAUCUAUUGGUUGAUGAUUCUUACUGAGACCACUAGUGUUGGCGGCUGCAUGAGGCUUGAGACGAUCCAGAAGAUAGAAACUCGACGAGCGGGGCGAGAUAGAAAGAGUACGUUGAAGACAAGCCUGGGGACGCAAAGAAGAUUCACCAGAAGACAGAUAACAGAGUUGCUCUUCGAAAAUUGCACUGACUGUGAAAAAAUGGCCGCUAUUCCACAAGGUGCUUUUGCAGCGCGUAAAGUUCGUUAUAACGAAGAACUAACUAUUUCAAUGUCGGCGAUGGAAGAAAAAGAGAAUAUGUUCAAUUCGAGACCUUCUUUAGAAGGCUGGGAGCUGAUGCCGUUGAAGUAUAACAGCAAACUAAUGAAUAGCAUUUGGGGCCUCUACAAUCGUUACUCAGUGCAUAACUUCAAGAAAAAUACCGAUGCCAAGGAGGGGGCCCGCGGUGGGGUGGCCGUGGCGAUCUGGGGCGCCAUUCUGGAAAACCACCCCCCGGUUGUGAAUGCAGCCGCUGCUGCCGCCAAUGCAGAAAGUCCCCGGAACAUAUGGACCGGAAACGGUCUUUAAACAAGUCACGUUAUUUGGUUAUUUGGAUUUUAACGCUAGAAUAGAAAGAUGAAAGAUGAUCAUUUAAUCGUUGAUAAGAGGAAGUCUAUAAUUAUACGAAAUAAGCUUCUUUUUUUGUGACAAAGUGUUAGAUAGAACCGAAAGAAGCGUGACUGUUAAUUUACAAAAUUCUUACGCUGCAUAGUGAUUAAAGCCGACGCAAUGCGUUGAGAUGUAUUAUUAUAAUAUAUUGCAAAUAAAUAAAAAAAACUGAACA